AUGGAUAUGAAUGAAUUUAAGAAUAUAGCUAUUAUAGAUGCUGACUAUUAUAUAAUUAACUACAGUAGUACUAUUACUACUUAUAUACAAAAUAUAUUUACCAAUUUAUUAAGGGAUAAGAAUAAACCAGAAACAAAGAAUGAGGCGGAUGUGAAUAUCGACAAGAGAAAAAAAAUAAUUUGCAUUUUCAUGUUAAAAAUAUUUUUAAACAACAUCGAAAAAAAUUUGAAUUUAUUUGAUUAUUUACACAAUGUAAUAAAAAAAUAUCACGAUCUCAUAAUAAGUAAAAAAUUAAAUUACAGUACUACUAAAAUAAAGAAAAAUAAUGAAUAUAAAAAUUAUAUAACAAAAAAUUGUAAUAAAAAGGUUUCGGAUAUUAAAAUAAAUGAACAAAAUGAGAAUAAAAAUGAGAAUGAGAAUUAUGAAAUAAAUAAUUCUUUAAAUGAAGAAAUGAAUAAAAGUGAAUCUAAUGAAAUAUUAGAAAACAAUAAAAUAAAUAACUUUAUGCAUAAUUUAAUAAAAAAUAAUAAUUAUAAUAACAUAAAAAAUAUCAAUCAAUCAAAAAUUUGUUUUGUAAGAAUAACAAACAAAGAUACUAAAAAAAAUUCAUGUUCAGUUGAAAAUUCUAUUUUAGAUACAUACUGCGAAACUGAUUUAAGUAAUAAUUCUAAAAAUAAAGAAACGGAUUAUUAUGAAAACAGUUGCAGUUACGAUAAUGAAGAAAAAGUGAAAGAUGACUCCUUUUAUAGCACAUAUAAAUUAAAUAAUACUUUCCCAAAUAUUAAUAAGAAAAGAUUUUUAAUAAAUUAUAAUAAUGUUAAUUUAAAAUUAAAAUGUUUUAAUGAAUUUUUAAAUUGGGGAUUUAUUAAAAAAUUACAUAAGGAAAAUGAUGAAUACAUUCAAGAAAUAGAAAAUUUAUAUAGGAUAAUAAUAUUAUCUAAAUUGCACAUAGGAGUAUAUAAUUUUUUAUCUUUCUUAAAAAAAAAAAAUUUUUUUUUUUUAUUUUAUACUUCUAACAAAAAUUUAACUAACCUAUUAUUUAAAUGGUUUAAAAUUUCUAGGAAAUUUAAAAAUUGCUAUAGAGUAAUAGAUUCACUUCAAGGAUUAAAUUCCAAAAAUUACAAUAAUUUUCUUGUGUUUAGUAAUCGUGAAUGUUUCAUAAAUUAUUCAAAAAAAAAUGGAUUUUUUAAUAUAGCUGUUGGGAAGAAUUCUUUAAAAACAUCUAACUGUGAUGAUAUCAAUUGGAAUAUUAUGCAUAAAGAAAAUUUUAUAUCAGAAGAUUCUGAUUCUAUUUCUAAUAAAUAUAAUGAUGUUGUUUAUCCAUUUUUAAGAAACUGUAAUUUAACAGAAGAUAUAUUAUCAUGGAGAAUAUUUUAUAUAUUUAAAAAAUAUAUUUAUAUAUAUGGUGAAGUAGUAAAAGGAUUCGGAAGAGGAAGUAAAUAUUUAAACCUGCCAACAGCUAAUAUAUCUAAUUCUAAUCUAACUUCAGCUGAUAUAAUGCCAGGAAUAUACUUUGGUUUAUCUAAAUUAAAAAAUAAAAUUUAUAAAACUGUUAUAUCUAUUGGUUAUAAUCCUUAUUUUAAAAAUAAACAUAUGACUAUUGAGGCCUUUCUUUAUUUUAAAACAAAUGGUUUUUUUUAUCAAGAAAAUAUUCAUUUAAUGAUUAUGGGAAUUAUUAGAAGUGAAAGUAAUUUUUCUUACUUUUCACAUUUGGUACAUGCUAUACAAUUUGAUUGUGAACUUGCAAGAAUUAUUCUAAACAAAAUUCAAAAUGAUAAAAAUUUUAUAAAAUGUAAAAAUUUUCUUAAUUCAUUAUAA